UAGCUGCUCUAAAACGGGUUGGCUUUGUCCCUUCACUUGUACAAGAAAUCUCUGGCAAUACUCAGUGCUACUUUGGGUCAGUCUCCUGCUACACAGAUGCAUUAGGUGCAGGAAUUCCUAAUAGAGUGAUCUGUAUGAUCAUUAACUAAGUUUUUGCAGCAUCAGGGAUGAGCAACAAUUCUCGAGGCACAAAGCAUUCAGUUGGGAAUUAAUGACGAUGUUGUGGCUGGUGGCAUGGAAAGCAUGUCUAAUGUGCCAAGUAUCUUGCAGAAGCAAGGAAAGGAUCUUGACUUGCACAUGAUUCUUUUGUUGAUGGAAUGUUGAAAGAUGGUUUGUGGGAUGUCUACAAUGAUUUGGCAUGGGAGCAUGUGCUGAAAUAUGUGCAGAAAACCAUACAGAAUCGAGAAAGGAGCAGGAUGACUACGCCAGUCAAAGCUCUGAGCGUGUUUUUCCUGCUUUUGCAUGGGAAAUUGUUUCGGUUGAAGUUUCUGGAGGGAGGGGAAAACCACCAACAAUUGUUGAUAAGGAUGAUGGUUUAGGAAAGUUUGAUGUAGGCAAACUGCCAAAGCUUCGUCCAACUUUCAAGGAGAAUGGCGGUACAGUCAAUGCCAGAAAUUCUUCUAGUUUGAGGUGUAUGCAGCCCAAGCAUUCAUCCAAAAUCAUGAGCUCUUCAACUGAGUUGCCAAAAUAUGUAGGGCAAAGUCAGACGCCGCCUACUCUGGGUUUUCCCUAUGGUCUACAAUAAUAGCCUCUGCAAAACCAAGCUAUUUGUACUUAAACAACCAGUAACUUGACCGCAUACAGUCUUGUGGUGAUCAUCACUAAAAAGAUGUUGAUUUCCUGAACGAAAACUUCCUAUCAUACUUGUAGGAGCUGAGCCAACGCUAUGACUUCCAUCGGACAAAGAAUGCUGUACAAAUAAGUUAAAAUCGCUUCUCCACUAUAUACUUUCCUGUUUAUUUAUUAUUUUGGAUUAUAUGUA